AUGGCUUCCGCAGUCGCUCCCAGCUGCCCCGCGCUGGCCAACGUCAAGAAGAUGCUCGCCGAGCCGUCGGCCACCGGAGCGCCCGUGGCCUACUACGCGCUCAGCCCGGCCGCCGGCCGCCGCCUCUCCAACACCCAGGGCAAGGACGUCCGCCGCUACGAGGAGGACGACGACACCAAGGGCGAGAGCGGCCGUGCUCGCGACUCCGACAUGCCCAGCUUCUUCUCCCACGACGUGUUCGACCGCUUCGCCGCGCCGACGAGCCUGGGCCGUCUGCUGGGCCUGAUGGAGGACGCGGUCGCUGCUCCUGGUCUGGGCGGGCGCGGGUGGUCGGUGGCGAAGGAGGACGACGAGGCGGUGUACCUGAAGGUGCCGAUGCCGGGGUUCGGGAAGGAGCACGUGAAGGUGUCGGCGGAGCAGAACAGCCUGGUGAUCAAGGGGGAGGGCGAGAAGGAUGCCUGGAACAGCGACAAGGACGACAACGCGGUGCCGAGGUUCAACCGCCGCAUCGAGCUGCCCGCCAACGCGUACAAGAUGGACAAGAUCAAGGCCGAGAUGAAGAACGGCGUGCUCAUGGUGACCGUGCCCAAGCUCAAGAAGGAGGAGCGCAAGGACGUGUUCCAGAUCACCGUCGAGUAGGGAGGGGCAGACGGAUCGGUCGAGAGUAGUCCUAGUCCUAGUAGUAGUAGUGCUAAUGGCGAGUGGAGUUGAGAGACGCCUUUGGUGAUGUCUGGUGUCUUCGUGUUUUGCUUCUGUGAUCGUCUUGCCUAGUUUCUGAUCGAGUGGUGGUGAAGUUGGUCAUGUUGAUUUCGAACUGCUUUAGAGGUGGAAUUGGUCAUGAACUAUGUUGAUUUCGAGUUGAUGAAUGCUUUGGUGGUGAAAUUGGUCAUGAACUUUGUGAAUUUCGACUUGAUGAACUGUUCCAGUGGUGAAAUUGGUGAUGA